AUGUUUGGCAAAGCUUUGAUAUUCACAGCCCUCGCUGGCCUCGUCAAUGCACAAUUCGAGACGUUGAGCAGGACGCUCGCGCCUGGUGUUACCAUCACCGGAGCCACAGUCGCUCAAGAACCGACAACGCUUACAGUUGGUGGUCUCACGAUUAACCAAACGAGUACGCUGUCCAACAUCGUCAUUGUGGAGGAUGGCACGACCCUCUCCAACCAAUACGCAACCCUCACCCCGCAAACCCUCAACGGUACAACCCGCACCAUCCCCUCCACUACACUCACCGAUGCCACUGUGACCGUCCCGCCCCUCGUCGCGCCAUACUUCGUUGCGACAAACUCCCUUGGGUCCAUCAUCGCGACCGUCACCUCCAACGCCUCGGGCUACUUCUUCGCCAACGCCUCCGGAAUCUUCCCACCCCCGGCAAACUACACCUCCGCCCUCACCAACCUCACCUUCCCCGCCGCCAACCUCACCUUCCCCACCAGCGUCGCAAGCGGCGUAUCCUCCUACAUCGCCUCCUACCUCUCCCACGAGUCCUCCUCCCUCAGUGCGGCGGCCGCAUCCGUCGUUAGUGUCCAAUCCGCCGCUGAAGCGAGUGCGGCGAGUUAUGUCUCUGGACAAGCUGCUACUGUGUCUGCGGUCGCGGCGAGUGUGGCUGCUGUGCAGAGUUCGUUGUUGGCGUCGUAUUCGGCUGCUGUGGCGAGUAUUACGGAGGGGUAUCCGGUUGCGAGUAGUAAUGGCGCAGCUACGGAGGGGACGGGGACUGCGAGUGUUGUUGCGAGGAAGUUCAGGAGGGAUGGUUGUGGGGGUAUUUAUUGA